UUAGCGACCAAGGAACUCUAGUGGCUGGAAGCGUGUUUUGUCUUGGAGAACAGGUGGCAUGGAAAUGUCUGAUAGGUACUGCCAGGGCACCAGGGUUGACGUGUCAAGUGUCUCCACAUCCAUGGCCACUGAUCCCAUGACAGAGGAGAUACUGAGAGAUGACUUGCGGUUUUACUUCAUGAACCCUUGUGAGAAGUACAGAACCCGGCGACAGUUACCAUGGAAAUUAGCAGUGCAAAUUUUUAAAAUAUUCAUGAUUACACUCCAGCUCAUACUGUUUGGACUAAAUAACCAGCUUGUGGUGUCCUACAAAGAGGAGAACCUGAUGGCCUUUAAGAAUUUGUUUCUGAAGGGCUACAGUGGUGUGGACGAGGAUGACUACAGUAUUUCUGUCUACACCAAACAGAGUGUGUAUGAUAGUUUACACUAUGUGAUAGAUCAGUAUUCCCAGUUAGGAAACCUGUCUGUAGGUCCUGCUAGUUAUGCUGAAGAGAAUGGAGAGUUUCUGCCCUUGAUCAUCUGUAAGAAGAGCUACAAAAGAGGCAGCGUUGAACCGUCUGAGGAACCGUAUGAUAUUGAUGCAGAGCUUGAAACAGAUUGCUUAACUCUUGAUCCAGAGUCCUCGAAAACAUGGAGAAUGAACAAUGCUUCAUUUUUUGAGUUGGACUUUUAUAGGCUUGUCGAUAUUGAGAUCACUUUCGCGCUCAAAGGAAUCAACUUGCAAACUGUUCGUUCUCAUGAGCUGCCAGACUGUUACACAUUUUUUGUGAAGAUUGUCUUUGAUAACAGUUGUCAUAGCGGGAAGGUGAAAUUAACCAUUGAUUUCGAUGCGGUUAGUAGUGUGUGCAAAAACUGGAAGAUUUCAGGAACUGCUCAGAAAAGCACUCAGUACCUCCUGAUCUUUGAUGGCUUUGUUAUUAUAGUCUGUCUGAGCUCUGCAGUGCUCUGCACACGUUCUAUUAUACUCGCUGUGAGGUUACUUCAGCGGUUUUCUAGCUUCUGUCUUGAGAAUUCUAAUCAGAAAGUGUGUGAAGAUGAUCAGAGGGAGUUCUUGAAUGGCUGGUACAUCUUGGUGAUCAUCAGUGAUGUUAUGGCCAUCAUUGGAUCGAUACUAAAAAUGGAAAUACAAGCUAAGAGCCUGACCAACUAUGAUGUCUGCAGCAUCUUCCUGGGAACAUCAACUCUAAUGGUCUGGGUGGGCGUCAUAAGGUAUCUGGCAUACUUCGAAAAAUACAAUGUGCUUAUCCUCACUAUGCGAGCAGCCUUACCAAAGGUCUUGCGCUUCUGCUGCUGCGCAGGAAUGAUCUACCUUGGCUACACCUUCUGUGGAUGGAUUGUUCUUGGACCCUACCAUGAGAAGUUUGAAGGUCUGAGUCGUGUGGCAGAGUGCCUCUUCUCUCUAGUCAACGGGGACGACAUGUUCCCUACAUUUGCAGAGAUUGAGCAAAAGAACACAAUGGUGUGGCUGUUCAGCCGAGCUUAUCUCUACUCGUUCAUCUCGCUCUUCAUCUACAUGGUGCUCAGUCUCUUCAUCGCCCUCAUCACAGAUGCUUACGAGACCAUCAAGGGUUACCAAACAACAGGUUUCCCCAUGACAGAGCUCCAGCGGUUUCUGAUGGGGCAGAAGGAGGGUUUCCCCCUCCGGGGGCAGGAGGGGGUCGACACAGAGUGUGGCGAAGCCGAGACCGUCCACCCUUCUGUUAUGCUGUGUUGCUGCAAAAGGGUUCCCAAAGAUGACACCAUCAUUCUCAUCAGUUGACCGUUACGACUGAUUCAAAGUUGAAUCUACUGAAAACUGCAAUGGACUUGCAGCUUAAUAAGAGAAAGUUUGUGUGAACAUGUUUACCACUCUAUGUACAUGGUUCAAGAAGCAAGAUCUUCCUGUGAACAUGCCAAUUUCAUUAGGAACUGGUAAGACCUGCAUUAGCAGACGGAUAAAUGCCAAAUCAUAUCUUCCAAAGUGCACUACAAUGCAAUUAAGAGCAAAAAAUGAAGUGUUUUGUGGGUCAAAUGGCAACCGCAGAAGAUGUUUGAUGCAUUCUGAUGUGCAAUCUGUAAAAUAAUCCCUGUCUAAUGUUGUAUAGUAGAGGAAAUAUCUUUUAUGAUAUUAUUUAUGUGCCGUCUGGAUUGUCUGCUCAUGUUUUACAUUAGAGAAGUCACAUUAAAUUACACAUUUGUGCUGAUUUUUAUAUCAGCCCUUUGGUGUGUUACGUCAAAGGUGUUUAGAAAUAUUUCAAAGAUAAAGUCUCUUGAUAUUGUGCUUCAAAUAUGUGAAGUGUCUAAGGAAUGAUUGUAAUGUGUAUGUGCAACACCGGAGUUGUAAGAAUGCAUUGUUCACUCAGCUAAGGUAACUUUUGUCUUGGUGGAGAUGAUCAUACUUUAUGAUGUGAAUCACGGCUCAUUAUCAUCAUCCUCAUCCCACAAUUAACAGGGAAGGCAGACAAGUUCCUACGUGACUUGUUUAGUAAGCAAUUGCUCACUGGGAGAAAGACCUUGGGUGCGGGAAUGAAAGAUAAUCAAAAAGAUUUCGUAUUUGCAAACUAAAGACGCCUUUUGUGUGCGUGAUUUUCUUUUUUGGGCGAGCGGGCGGGUGUUUGGGUUAAAGCUUUGUUAUUCAAAGUAGUAAAAUUAGAUGGGUUGUUAAAAGAGAGAGUUUAGCAAAAGGUGCUUUCUUGACCUCAAAAACCAAUUAAACCAGAUGCUUAGUUUUUAGAAUGAUGGUUUCAGUUCUUUUUUCUAUAAGAAAUGAAACUCAAUCCCAAACCAGACACAAAAUCUGUAAUUUACCUGCUCUGACACUCAUUACUUCUAUUAUGUUUUUAAUUAGGCCUAUGUAUUUAUUUUAUUUUAUUGUACUUCCUAUUCAGUGAAACUAAGCUCAUUCAGAACGUCAAAUAUUUACAUAGGCUUAUGUUUACAAUCGCAAUGAUGACAUGCAGAGCAACGGCGCCAAAAGUAAAACAAAUCUCUUUAUGAAUAUGGCUUGUUUCUCCUAUAAAUAGCAUUUCGAUCAAUCUCCAUACCCUCAAUACAUUG